AGCGAGCGAGCACCUCCUCCUCGGCAGCCGGACGACGCGGAGGUUUCGCUAGUCACGCUCGCGGUUCGCUCGCGAUCGGAGCGCGCGGUUUCUCCGGAAAAGUCCUUUAUCGUCCCGCGAAUCCGACGACGGAAGUGCACUUCGGCGAGUACAGCAGUCACACGUCCUCCCGCCUUCGGCAAUCUUAUCUCUCACUGCGAGCGAGGAGGCCGCGCGAGCAAGUUAUGAGCCUCGCUCGCCGAUAUCUACGAGCGACGUCGGGGUUAACGUUUUUCGCGCGAAUUCUCAAUUAACUGUCAAUUAGUCUCUGCUACGGCGCGAUGGGAAACGGACAGUUCAGAGGCGGACAGUCCAGAAGCUGCCACGGGCCUUGGUCGCCGAUGGGAGACAGGAUGACCCACGGCAGUAGUCAGCCCGUAAGCAGCAAGAGUAAAACGUUGGUCAUGUCGAGCUUGGAACGCGAUCAGCUGGGUCAGCGAGGUAGCGGCGACGCGCCCUGCGCCGGUCUUCUGCGCGGCUUCGACCACAUCAGGGAUCCGCAGCUCAACAAGGGUAUGGCGUUCACCAUCGAAGAGAGGCAGAUCCUGGGCAUACACGGUCUCCUGCCGGCGGCCGUGAAGACCCAGGAGGAGCAGUUAGGCCUCUGCCGCCGUAAUCUCGAGCGCUACACCGACGAUCUCUCGAAAUACAUAUACCUGAUAGGCUUACUGGACAGAAACGAGAAACUCUUCUACCGUUUGUUGUCAGAGGACGUGGCCGGCAUGAUGCCGCUGGUGUACACGCCGACCGUGGGUCAGGCGUGCGAGAAGUUCGGCCUGGUGUAUCGCAGGCCGCGGGGUCUCUUCAUAAGCAUCCACGAUAAGGGCCACGUCUACGACGUCCUAAAGAACUGGCCCGAACGGGACGUGCGGGCGAUCGUCGUCACGGACGGUGAGAGGAUACUCGGCUUGGGCGACCUGGGCGCUCAGGGAAUGGGCAUUCCCAUAGGCAAGCUGUCGCUGUACACCGCGUUGGCCGGUAUCAAGCCGCAUCAAUGCUUGCCUAUCACUUUGGACGUUGGCACUAAUAACCAGAAAUUAUUGGACGAUCCUCUGUACAUCGGUCACAGGCACAAACGUGUCACCGGACAAGACUACAACGACUUGUUGGACGAAUUCAUGCAGGCCACUGUGAAGCGAUUCGGUCAGAACACGUUGAUCCAAUUCGAGGACUUCGGCAACGUCAACGCCUUCAGGCUGCUCAAUAAGUAUCGCAACGAUUAUUGCACUUUCAACGACGAUAUUCAAGGCACCGCUUCUGUCGCCGUCGCCGGUUUACUGGCCUCGCUUUGCAUCACGAAGAAGAAGCUCUCGGAGAACACGAUCGUGUUCCAGGGCGCCGGUGAGGCAUCGCUAGGUAUCGCCGCGUUGUGCGUGACGGCCAUGCAGAAGGACGGGGUGAGCGAGGAGGAAGCUAAGCGCAAAAUCUGGAUGGUGGACUCGAAGGGGCUGAUUGUGAAGAACCGUCCGCGCGGUGGGCUGACGGAACACAAGUUGGAAUUCGCGCGCGAAGGCGAGCCGAUCGACAACCUGGUGGAUGUCGUGAAGAUAGCCAAACCGUCGGUCAUCAUCGGCGCUGCCGCUAUCGCAGGCGCUUUCACGACGGAAAUAUUACAGGAAAUGGCACGGAACAACGAGAGGCCGGUUAUAUUCGCUCUGAGCAACCCGACCAGCAAGGCAGAGUGCACCGCCGAACAAGCGUACAUUGCUACAGAGGGAAGAUGCGUAUUCGCGAGCGGCUCGCCUUUCCCGCCGGUGAAGUACAACGACAAGACCUUCUAUCCCGGCCAGGGUAACAACAGCUACAUCUUCCCUGGGAUCGCGUUGGCCGCGAUAUGCGCCGGCAUGCGCACCAUUCCCGAGGAAACCUUCCUGAUCGCUGCGAGGGCUCUCUCCGAGCGGGUGUCGCAAGACGACUUGAACAGCGGCAAUCUUUACCCGCCGUUGGCCGACAUAAAGAAGUGCUCGAUGAAUAUAGCCUGCGCGAUCAUGAAGUACGCUUACAAGAAUUCACUGGCGAGCGUUUACCCACAGCCCAAGGACUGCGAGGCCUUCAUCAAGGCGCAACUGUACGACACGAGCUACAAGUCGUCCGUGCCCCAAGUAUAUUCAUGGCCGCACUUGUAAUGCCUACGAUAAUCCAACGAAGACUUUGACUUUACGCACGAUUCUUUUGGGUCCACGAACGAGAACACACACCGCAUACGCAUGCGAGCGAGCGAGCGCGCAUACACACGAAAGUGUUCCCGGCAAUUGUCAACGAAUUUCGCUUACGCCUAUACUUUUCCCCGAGAGCCUGUUGAUCGGGCUCCACCCGAAUAGCACCGCGUUACGUGAGAAUGCGACUAUAGUUUGUAAAAGAAAAAAGAAUAAAAGAAAUUUUGUCGAGGUCGGAAGAAUGAAUUCGCUCAUGUUUGAUGCAACGUUGUUCAAGUAUGUCGUCGACUGGGCAUGAGUAUGUUGGUUUGCUGGUUGAACAAAUAAACUUCGACGCUGACGUGAA